UAUCGAUUGCAUUUUACACUAACUGCCGGAGAAGUGCAUGGUUUUUUAUUAUUCUUACUUUGAUAUUUGCUUAAAAUAAAUAAAAACACAGCUCAAACAUGUCGGACGGAGAUUUAGAUGCAUUGCGCGCCCAGCGCAUGGCCCAAAUGCAAUCGCAAUUCGGCGGCGGCGGCGGUGGCAACGAUGCGGAAAAGCAACAAGCUCAGCAGGAACAGAUGCGCGCCCAGGAAGAAAUGAAACAUUCAAUCCUCUCGCAAGUGCUCGACCAACAAGCACGCGCCCGCCUUAAUACACUGAAAGUGAGCAAACCGGAGAAGGCACAAAUGUUCGAGAGUAUGGUCAUCCGCAUGGCGCAAAUGGGACAAGUUCGUGGCAAACUGGACGAUGCCCAGUUCGUCAGCAUCCUGGAGAGCGUGAACGCCCAAAUGCCACAGAGUAAAUCCACCGUAAAAUACGACAGACGUCGUGCGGCCAUUGACAGCGAUGAUGACGAGGACUAUGGUUGCUGAUUAUCGAUUCCCCAAGCCCAACUGCCAGACUGGGAGAUUGAUAAGUUAAAUACGCGUACUAAGCUUAAGCUUUCAUUUUACACUCAGAAACACAGAAACAGAAUGGAAACACGUGCAUUAGUUCAGGAUAGUUUUAAACAACUAUGUUUAUUAAAUUAAAAACACACACACUUCGAGCUGAAAAUUCACACAAAUCUUUCUAAUAGUUAAGGGAAGGAAAUGCCAAAUCGAGAUCUUUUAAAAUUACUUCCCAAAUCUCACAAUGUUUUUUUAGAAAAGGAGUUUCUUUUAUCAUAAAAAAAUCUAGAUUCGUUAACUCAACAAUGAGAUUAUUUUCCCUUCCCUUAAUUUAUUUAAAUUCGCGUCUCGUGAAACUUUUCUCGAAUCUACAUUUCUUAGUUUAACAAUGAGAUGAAUUGUUUUCUUCAAUGUCAUCUCGUAUUAUAAUUUCUAUUAUCGCCUUGUCUUGAAGGUUCAAAAUUCACUCACAGAAUCAAAACACUUGCUUUAUUAGAUCGAGAUAGUUUUAAACAACUAUGUUUGUUUAUUAAAUUAGAAACACACCCACUUCGAGCUCUCAAAUCUUACACAAUUACGAUGCUAACAGCCGACAAAAAGGAAUCGCGGAAUUCAGAUCAAAGAGUUGAUUAGUUUCUUCUACAUAAGCAAAAUUGUCGUGGUUAAAUUAAGACUAGAUUUUUUGGCCUAACACAAUGAGAUGGAAUUGUUUUGCUCCCCGCCACAAAAUGCAUGCUGUAUGACGUCUACUCUCGCUUCUCGUGAUCCUCCUCUUGUUCCUCUUCGGUAACCAAACAAUCGCCACAGAAGAUCGAGUACAUGAUGAGCGACAGGAAACCAAGCGGCAGUCCAAAGAUGACUGUGGUCAACACUGGAUUUCCCUUCCACAUCUCUCGCAGUGAACGUUUCACCUCGAACAGAGCGCGAUUCACACGCAUAAAAUACGUGUCUCCGCCAUAAACUGUGGCGCUCUCAUUGCUGAUGGACUCGAGGAACAGAUGCAGCGCUUGUGGUGUCAGCUGCAGCGGCUCAUCGUCGGGUAUGUAAUGAUGCUGUGUGGUUGAGUUGAGUGCAAUGAGAUGUGGUGUGGGCAAUUGGUCCAGUAUAAUGGAAUGUGCUAUCGAUGGUUCGCCAAUCUGCAAGAGAAAUGGGUAUUAAAUAAAGGCUAUCAAUUGAGAAUGCAACGAGACUCACCCAACCAAACUGGAACUGAUCGUGAUAGCGAGCACGAUGCUUGCGUAUGACGCCUUCGACCAUGUCACGGAACUCGAGCUCAUGCGUGGCAAUCUGAUUUAGUUUGUCCUCCUGCACCACGGCCAGCACCAGAUACUUUUGCGUCUUUAGCAGCUGAUGGAUGUUGAAACGCGUCACCUUGGGGAAGAGCGUAAAACGCUCCACGUUCACCCACUGAAAGAUGGUCUCGUUGACAUCCUGCGGAUCCAUUUGAUGCGCCACAUGACCAUGCGGAUAGAAGUGGUGCUGCUCCUCCUUGUACACUAUCACCGCCGGCAGUUGCUCGAAAUCAAAGUGUUGCGCUGCAAUAUCCUCACUUGUGGCAUAGAAGAAACCAUGCUCCUGAUAUCCUUCGGCGGCGGCAUAAUAGGUGUCCCAGACAACGCCCUGUUGUGCGCCCACAAACAUGAAGAAGAUGGUGUGCGAACCCUUCAGCAUAUCGACGCUCUCAGUGCGCGUCACCAGCUGCACUGGUGGACCCGACAUGCGCAACGCAUAAUCCACCAAUUCGUCCUUGCUGCGAUCCCCGGUGUAGGUGAAUUCCAUGUUGCCCUUGAUGAACAUAAUGGUGGGAUAACCGCGCACCUUAAACUCCCGCGCUGCAGCCGGAUAUUUCGUGCAAUCCAAGCGCCCCACCCUCACAUUGGUGGCAUGCAACGCUUGGGCAACGAGGGCGAAUAUGGGUUCAGUUUUUUUGCAGUAGCCACACCAUGGGGCAUAGAACAUGACCAGCCAUUGGCCUUCGUGACGCACAUCGAUAAAGCGAUCACUUAGCUCGAGGACACGCGAUGAUAUCGCUGGAGUGCCGAGCACCAGGAGAAAUAACAAAAGGACGAAGCUCCAGCUCCACAUUGAUUUCGGCAUUGCAACUGCUGUGUGAUGAGUGAGUGUGUGUUUGUGGUUAACACCGUUAUAGCAUGCUCUAAGCACUGUUUACACUUAUGACACACUCAUAAAUUAUGAUUAAUUCAAUUAGUAAUAGAU